CUUCAUAAAUUUGACAAUGUUCAAGAUAUUUUACACUUGUGAGUGCACAUCACAAACUGUAGUCCACAGGGAACGUUCUGGAGUCGUUCACUUGGAAAGUGGGAAGAGGAAGAGUUCCGGUUGGAUGUGUUGUGAGAUCUUAUCUCUGGCCAAUCCCCUCCCCUCUCUCCCUCUCUCUCGCUCUCUUCCUCAGUGAUCACUGAGCUCGGGUUUCCCACUUUCCCUUCAACAGCUCCUCUGGACUCUGGAAUCUUUUUUCCUCUUUGUGUGUCGCCGCAUUCAAUCGGCAAUUUUUAAUCCUUGACUUCAUCUCAGUAUAAGCUUGUUCUUCGUGAUCAGUGUACUGCUAGAUGAGUAGUUCUGUUUAAACCUGAAAGAGUUCCAGAGGAAGGAGAGAAGGAGAGAAGGAGGAGGACCUGUGAAGCACCUGUCCCAUGCGCACUGAGGCGGUGGAGACGGAGGUGGAGGCUACGAUGACGACGAUGACGAUGAUGACGAAGGCUGACAGUGUGCAGAAGGAGAUGGAGGAGAGGAAUCUGCGUCCCCGGCUGUGCUACCUGACCAAAGGCGAGUGCGGUUACGGCUUCCACCUGCACGGAGAGCGCAGCAGCGGUGCACAGUUCAUCCGCAGGAUCGAGGCGGGAUCUCCUGCGGAGCUGGCUGGACUUCGGUCCGGGGACCGCGUGGUGGAGGUGAACGGAGAGAACGUGGAGAAGGACUCGCACCAGCAGGUGGUUCAGAAGAUCAUGGAGGUAGAUAACAGGACAAGGCUCUUGGUGGCGGAUCGAGAGACGGAUGAGUUUCUGCUCCUCCACUCUUUGCCCUGCACUGAGGACCUGGCCGUGGAGAUGAGCUGCCUCCUCUCGUCACGCACCUCCUCGUCUUCCCUCGCUUCUUCCACUCUGAGCUUCUCCUCAUUGUCGCGGGGCUCCGUCACUCCAUCGUCACAAGACUCCAUCAUUCUAUCACCACGAGACUUCAUCACUCACUCACUCUCUGACUCCAUUGCUCCAACACUGCUGCCCAAAUCCAUCACUUCAUCACCACGGGACUCCGUUGCUCCGUUACCCAGUGAUUCUGUUAUACCAUCACCACAAAACUCCACUCCACCAUCACCACGCAUAUCUGUCACUCCAUCACCAGAAAACGCCAUCAUUCAAUCAUCACGCAGCUCUAUUAAUCAAUCACCAUCCAACUUCAUUCCUCAAUCACCUUAUGACUCCAUUACUCAAUCACCAUCCAAGUCCAUUCCUCAAUCACCAUCCAACUUCAUUCCUCAAUCACCCUACGACUCCAUCACUCAAUCACCAGCCAAGUCCAUUCCUCAAUCACCCUACGACUCCAUCACUCAAUCACCAUCCAAGUCCAUUCCUCAGUCACCCUACGACUCCAUCACUCAAUCACCAUCCAAGUCCAUUCCUCAAUCACCCUACGACUCCAUCACUCAAUCACCAUCCAAGUCCAUUCCUCAAUCACCCUACGACUCCAUCACUCAAUCACCAUCCAAGUCCAUUCCUCAAUCACCAUCCAAAUCCAUUCCUCAAUCACCAUCCAAGUCCAUUCCUCAAUCACCCUACGACUCCAUCACUCAAUCACCAUCCAAGUCCAUUCCUCAAUCACCAUCCAAAUCCAUUCCUCAAUCACCAUCCAAGUCCAUUCCUCAAUCACCCUAUGACUCCAUCACUCAAUCACCAUCCAAGUCCAUUCCUCAGUCACCCUACGACUCCAUUACUACUCCUUUCAUCAGGGAAAAAUCAGAUGAGACCCAUGUAAUGGACGUCAUCAUCACCACAGACAACAAGGAGACGUCAGGAACAGAGGACACGGUGAUGCGUGACCUGAGGCCGCGGCUGUGUCACAUAGUGAAGAACGAGCAGGGUUUCGGAUUUAACCUGCACUGUGAUAAGCGGCGUGUGGGUCAGUUCAUCCGCUCGGUCGACCCUGAUUCCCCCGCACACAGAGCUGCACUACAGCCCGGAGACAGACUCGUCCAGGUGAACGGCAGAAGCAUUGAGGGUCUGAGGCACUCGGAGGUGGUGGAGAUAAUCCGAAGCGGAGGAGGAGAGACCAAGCUGUUGGUGGUGGACCCAGAAACAGACGUUCUGUUUCAGAAACUCGGCAUCACACCGACUACAGCGCACCUCAACGAGGACUGUGUGGACGGUCCAAUCAUAGAGAGUCCAACCUCUACCUGUCCGAUCACAGACACCUCUGUAUCGCCUACAAAACCCCGCAACGGCUUGCUGAUCCAACCGCCGGUCACGACGGAUGCACCAACCAGAAACGGCUCUCUGAAGCACCAGAGUCACGGAAGCUCCUCCUCCUCCAGGUCCAUCACUUCAGAGACGAGUGUGGAGCUGAGCAGCUCUGACAUCAGCAGCAAGGUGUUGGAUUCGGAGCAGUGUAAGUAUAACAGCGCCCCCGGUGUGCAGGAGGUGAAAGAGGAGAAGGAGGUGAAGGAUCUGGACCCGCUGAGGGCGAGCGGCCUGCAUCUGAGCUCCACAGCGGCCGAGGCCAGGCAGAAGGUCAGGUCGAAGAAGGCCAGCAAGAGAGCGCCCCCAAUGGCCUGGAACAAGAAAUACGAGAUCUUCAGCAACUUCUGAGCCGUUCAGCCCCCAAAAAAACCAUCUAACAGAGCCUGGAUGAACUAUUUUACCCUGGGAAACGAGAAUACCACUUUUUCAGCUUAGAUAGAUAGAGAGAGAGCGAGAGAGAGAGAGAGAGAGAGAGAAAUAGACGGCCAGCUUGAGAAAGAUGAAGAGUGGAGGUGAAGAAACGUGAAAGGUUGGAAUCUGAAGGUGAAGAAACGUGAACGAUAAAAGGGAAUCAGACCGGACGUAGUAGUGAGCAUGAACUCCGACUCUUUAAUGGUGUCACGUGACUGACAAUGAAAUAAAAACACGUUAGAUAUGAGAGAGAGAGAGAGAGAGAGAGAGAGAGAGAGAGAGAGAGAGAGUUGUAACCGACAUGCAUUCAUUUAAAAUUGAAAGGGAAAACUGUCCUGUCAUCCUCUUGGUUUUCUUGUUGACGAUCAGUGGGAAAAUAACUCACUGGCGCCGUGUUAGCUUAUCAGGACACGUGAGGUUCAUCACACACGAGCCAUUUUAUUACAGGAAUAAACUGAUAAACGUUUCGAAAGCAUAGGACCGGUUUCUGCUGCUAAAUAUUAUAUUUAAUAUUUUAAACACUUAUAAAAGCAUUGGGAGAACAACCCCAGCAUCCCCAGCGUACGUUCUCAUGGAAAUAAAUGAUUCACAAUCAUGUUGAAAUUUAUAAUAAUAAUAAUUUGAAUAAAUCGGAAUAAUCAAAUUUGAAAAAAAAAACAACAACAAAAAAUCAUGACAUUUGUACACACAAAUUCUUCCCUUCCUGUCUAAACAGUCUUCUUAGGUGAGUUUAAUAACUUUUGAACAAUUGCUAGCGUCGGAUAACGCGUUGUUUUCACAAUGGCUGCGUAACGACACGCACGGUCGAAGACGAGCUCGUUCACUGAAACGUCACGGAAACCUUCGCACGUCCACGCGACCGUGUGCUUUCACUCGCCGUCGAUCUCUAGAUCUGCAAGAAAGCUGUAGGAACGCCUCGCGCGCACGCUUCAGCGUGCCGCAAAAUGCUGCCUCGCCUCCUCCGACCGAAUCUUUAUGUUCGUUAUUCCUGAUGUAUUCCCACGCCGCUCAUAGCCAACGAUAUACGAUGCGUUUAGGAACGACUAAUACGUUAACGUCUGUAUUUAUUAUGAUGUCCGGAUUUUAGGGUUACAGCGUGAAACCGUGAACCAGGAAACAACACUAACAAGCUACGCAGCAACAUAUCACAAUAUUACAAAAAUUAGCACAAGAAAUAUUAAGACACUUUAUAUAUAUAUAUUUAUAUUUAUAUAUAUACCACUAUAAAGUAAUCUAACAGUACUAAUGCGUUGUUUUAGCUUCUUCUUUUUUUUAUUUUUAGAAAAGUGUAAGCCUGUUAUAACGAGAUUAUUAUGAAUGAAACCCAUCGGGUCUUUCUUUCCUUUCCCAGUUAGAUCUAUUUCAAGAAUCGUUACUAAGCGAAAAAGAAGAACUUUCUGGAAUAUGUGCCACAUGCAGUAUGUUUUCAUUUUGAAACAAGCUUUACUUAAAACUAUAUAUAUUUUCAUGUCAUUAUGAAAUUUACAGAAUGUUUUCCUUACAACUUUUUGUUACGUUUUUUUUUUUUUUUUUAAUAUAUAUAUAUAUACUCAUAUGAUAUAUUUCUACAUAUUUAUGUAUGUUACGACUCAAUAUAAACAAUGUAAACAACAAAAAAAAAGACAAUUUCAGUAAUGUUCCUGAGUGAAUCUCUUUAUUCAGUAACUAACAUUUUCACACGGAUUAUAUUUACAUUUUAUAAUUUAGCUACACGGAAAAUGAACUCGCGUAAAAAUAUACCUUGCUUCGUCAUAAUUUAUUCAAGUCACAGUCGUGUAAAGUACCGCGAGUUGGUUUGAGGAGAACGAGAGGUUUAAUAGCCGCUAGUCAUGGUGUUGCCUUGUCACGCUGAUUAAAUCUAAUGUUAACCCAGAACCAUUCUUGGAUCUCUCUGGGGAAAGCACUCGUUAGACUUUAUUGUGUUUUUGUUUACAUGGUUUUGUGUACAUCUCGUGAGGUUCACCUCCACCCUGAAACACACAUUAAAUAUCUCCGUGCUGAA